AUGGAAGAGUUUCAAGGUCCAGAGCCAGGUGGCCAGAUCAUGAGCGAGAAUCGAUCUCUCGAACUCAAUCAACGCAAAUGGUGGAUCUCUGUUUUCGUUUGUGGUUUCUUGAUCUUCUCCGGAGAUUGUCUCGUUAUGCUUCUCUUGAACUUCUUCUACGUCCAAGACAAUCGAUCAGAGAGUAAUCAAGACAGACAGUACAGAGGAACAUGGACGCAGGCCCUGAUACAAAACGCUGCGUUUCCGAUUCUGAUUCCUCUCUUCUUCAUGUUUCCUUCACCAAAACCAAACCCGGAAACAGUCUCUGAUCAAAGCAACAAUCGUCCUCCUUUUCUUCGUGUUGUCUUGCUAUACCUUUCUCUUGGUGUCCUUGUUUCUGUUUAUAGCAAGUUAUACGCGUUGGCGAAAUUAUACGUCGGAUGGGGGAUUCUGGUAUCAACUCAAUUGUUACUAACUUCCCUCUUUUCAGCUUUCAUUAACCGUCUCAAGUUUAACCGAUGGAUCAUCAUAUCGAUAAUCUUUACUCUUGCGGCAGACUUUUUCGGUGGCCCUGCAUUUGCUGGAACUCCUGAUGAAGAUGAAUCUGGUCCUUAUGACUUCAAGGCAUGGUUGAUCCUCAUAUUCCCUACUCUUGCUUUCUCCUUGUCUCUUUGCCUAAUGCAACUCGGGUUCGAAAAAGUGUUGGUGAAGACAAAGAGGUAUGGUAACAAGAAGGUGUUUCGGAUGGUUUUGGAAAUGCAAAUCUUUGUUUCCUUCAUCGCCACACUCAUUUGCUUCGUGGGUUUGCUUGCGAGUGGUGAGUUUAAGGAGUUAAAAGGCGAUAGCGAGAGGUUUAAGAAAGGGAAAACUUACUACAUUCUGAGUUUGCUUGGGUUGGCUCUCUCGUGGCAGGUUUGGGCGGUCGGGUUAUUAGGUCUUGUGCUUUUGGUGUCCGGUGUAUUCGCUGAUGUUGUCCAUAUGUGUGCUUCGCCGGUUGUGGCAUUGCUCGUUGUGUUGGCUUUUGAUUUCAUGGAUGAUGAGUUUGGUUGGCAGAGACGAGGUGCUUUGCUAGGAGCAGUCUUGGCUCUAGCAUCUUACUUCUAUCACCUGCACAAAACAAAGAAGGAGGAAAUCGAAGAACUGAACAAAAGAGAGAACAACAACGGCUAA